AAAGCAAAUCAAGAAACAUUUUGCAUCUAGUGAGUAAAUGCUUCAACGUAAAUGAUCAGAGAAACCACUUCAUGCAAAAGCUCUAUCUUUUGCAACACAAAUUUAUCUUCUUUGGUCAUCAAGACUCUCCAUUUGUCUUCAAUCAUCUUUAUCUUGUUUGUGUGCAACAAACUCCAUCUUCUUUUCACAGAAUCUCCACUCACGCCCACACUUGCUAUCAAUUUAACCAAAAACGAAUUGUCGAACCAAUCUUGGGUUUGACUUAAUUAUGGCUCAUUAUAUAACAUUCAUGUCACUAUAUAAAUUCUUUUAAUUUAUUUUCUUUUCAAAAUUAUAUAUAUCACAAAAAAGCAUAAAAUCUAUAAAAGAAUAUUAAAUAAAAAAUACACAUUUCUAAGAAAAAGGUAAAUAAAUAGUCAAGUGCUUUGUUGGUUUAAAUUUCUACCAAUUCUCGCUCUCUUUUCCUCUCAGAGAACCUAAAACAUUUUUUGAUAAUGGACAAAGCGAAUACCAACCGGUCCAAGAAGGAGGUUUGUGGUGGUUCUGGUGAAGCUAAGCCAACUGGAAAGAAACGGAAGAACGAAAGAACGUUAACGAACAAAAACGUGAAUGCCAAGAAAAGUAUGAUGGAUUUCAAAGCUCUAACAAGGCAUAAUCCUUCUGAUGAUAUGACCGGAGCUUACAACUUCCUCCAUGAAUAUAUAAGCGUUGACGUUUAUAGCUAUGAGUUCGUAGAGAAGAUGAAGAGUUUGAAGAAGAAAUUAAUAGAGAAAAUGGGGAUUAACGCUAAAGAUCUGUCUUCUUCGAUCGGUUCUGAGUUGUUAAAACUGAUUUGGAGAUAUGAUGUGAAAUCUGUUGUUGAGUAUAACUUACUUAAGAUAGAACAAGCCAAUUUCACAUCACAUCCCCAAAUAAGUUUCAACAACUCGGAACCGAAGAAGACAAAUCUUUAG